AUGUUACAGUUGAUAUUGGCUGUUAUAUUCAGAACUCUGGGAUCCCUCAUCCUGCUACAGAUCACCACACUUGUAUUGGAACUGCGCAUGAGGUUUCUUGUACUCAACGACAGUAUCCUGAGGACCGCAACUCCUCACGGCGACAAGCGCUUUUCUCGCAUCCUCCUGGGCUACGUUCGACAACCGGAUCUCGUAUCCCAGCUCAAAGUAGAACGGCUGCACCAUGCACACGCAGUUCUCCAGCGGGCAGCAGAACUCCUGCAACGUCACUUCGGCAUCACCUUGGUGUUGCACGUGACGACAGCGCUCUCCUCUCUCACAUACGGCGCGUACGAGCUUCUGGUGAUGUGGGUGGCGCCAGAGAAGAGCUACGCCACUCUGGUCAACGAUUCCAAGGCGUCGGCGGCAACGUGGCUGACGUCACACCUGCUGAACCUGGUGGCCGUGGUGCUCUCCUGCUCGGCGACGGUGGACGAGGCAGAGCGCACGCGCGACCUGGUGGUGAGGGUUGGCACGCUGCAGGGGCGCCCGUAUCUCAGCGCGGGGAUGGAGCCGCUGCUGAUGCAAGCGCUGACCUGUCGCCCGCUGUCGUUCGAGGCUGCCGGUUUCUUCACCAUUGACCGCAAUCUGCUGGUGUCCACUCUCUGCGUCACCAUCACAUACUUAGUCAUAUUAGCUCAGAUUUCUCUCAAUUAA